AAGUUCUAAUACAUAUUUUUGCAACUUUUUGUUACUGCAUUUAGACAUCAUAUUUAUGUAUUUUAGCUACUCACCGUAUAUCCAUACAUUUGCAACAAAGAGGAAAGAAAAAGAAAAUUUUUGUUCUUUAGCUUAUAUGGUCCUUCAAUAUUCCAAAGAAUCUCAAUUUCUCUUUCCGCUUUAUUUUGUAUACCAGCUGGGUUCUUCAUCUUUAUUGCUUAGUAGAUCAGAAUGACAAAGACUCUAGAAUCAAGUUAUUUGCACCGUUUAUAUCAGAAGUGUGCUAUCCCUUGCAGCAUAAUUAAAUCCAAUUGCUUUGCAUCGAUCACAGCAAAACAAGAUGCCUAGGCGAUAGAUAAACGAUCCUUGCAGUAAUAUUGGUUCAGAGUCUACACAAAAACAGCAGGCAUGAUACUAAUAGUGUGGACUUUACCAAGUUACAGCACAUGCCUCACCAGGGUUUGCUCUUGGUAGAAGGUUCCAGUUCUGUGUCCCAGCAGGCUAUUCAGGAGAGAAGCAGGGUUGAGGAGAUUCGAGUGCUGUUCAAGUUUAGCUGCUACUUGGGCGCUAUAGAAUGUCAAUGGAUUGAACCAAUUCUAAUCGCGAACCCGGAGAAUAGAAGUGCAAAUGCUAGUAUUUGACCACUGCUUCUCCACGGAUUUAUUUGAAGAAGAUGAGCUGAUGCCAUACAUUGGAGGAAUAUUAAAACAGCUACUUGGUCGCUACUCCAUCGACUCAUUCAUGGUAUUCAACUUCGAGGGAGGCAAGAAGCACAACCAAAUUGCCAGCAUUUUCUCUUAUUAUGACAUGAGCGUAAUGGGUUAUCCACGUAACUAUGAAGGAUGCCCAUUGCUCACCAUGGAGAUGAUUCACCAUUUCCUGAGGUCUAGUGAAAGCUGGCUCGCGUUAAGCCAGGACAAUUUCCUGCUUAUCCAUUCGGAACAUGGGGGGUGGCCAGUCCUUGCUUUUGCAUUGGCAGCUCUACUGGUUUACCUCAAAAGGUGUACAAACGAGAGGAAGGCUUUGGAGAUGGUCCACAAACAUGCACCAGGUGGCCUAGCUGAGCUAUUCUCACCAAUUGACCCAGUGCCUUCUCAGCUGAGAUACUUGAAGUAUGUGUCAAAACGGCACAAAUCACCAGAACUAUGGCCUCCUGCUGACAAAAUGCUGAAUUUGAAUUGUAUAAUAAUCAGGAAGGUACCAAAUUUUGAUGGCCAAGGGGGAUGUAGGCCAAUAUUCCGGAUUUAUGGCCUAGAUCCCCUUGCGCCUAAUGACAGGGCUACUAAAGUUCUCUUUUCAAUCCCAAAGACAAGUGAUUUUGUCCAGCUUUAUACACAGGAAGACUGUGAGAUAAUCAAGGUUAAUGUUCAUUGUCCUGUUCAAGGAGACAUUGUAAUUGAGUGCAUCAGCCUGGAUGAGGACUUGGAACAUGAAGUUAUGGUGUUCAGAGCAAUGUUUAGCACAGCUUUUAUUGAUGACAACUUGUUGGUACUCGAUCGAGACCAGAUUGACAUUCUGUGGGACACAAAACAUCGGUUUCCUGUAGACUUCAGAGUUGAGGCUAUAUUUUCUGAUAUGGACAUGAGCACAACAAUAGGCAAAUCUGAGCUAUCAAAUGAGGAGAAAGGAAGCCUUUCCAAGGUUGAUGAUGCCUUCAGUCAUCUGGACUGGUCAAGCAAAAAUGAUCACAUCACAAAUCAUGAAUCAGACCAGAAGGGUUUACACAACGAACAUGAUGGCUUUGAUGUGAUACCUCUAGAGGAAACAGAAACCAGUAACUCUGCCGCUGCACAUAGCUUGCUGGACAGCAGAUCAGUUCAGAUUAAUCAUAUAGAACCUGCACAUAACCAUUCUUCUGCGCCAAAGUUUGAUGGUAGUGAGGAUUAUGCUGCCAAUGCACGUUCUUUACCAGAAGCAGAAGCUCCCAGACCAAACUCUCAAGGAGGUCAAAUCUUCAAGGACACAUCAGCACGUGCUGAGCCGGAAGUGGAUGACGCUAAGAAUGAACCCAAUUCAGAAAUAUCCCGAAAUGCAGAAACUGGAGGUGCUGCAGCUGCAGAGUUGUCUGACAACAACUCAGAUGUGUUCCUGUCAGAUUCACCCUCAAGCAGCCCUCCAUCUAGCCCGCCAAAGUUCGACGAAGAUAUCAUGGAAGCUGGGAUGGUUGACACUAGAUCACAAUCAACUGAGCUGAAGAUAUAAUGAGUUUGAGGAUGGCUUCUGCUGUGAAUUGGGGCCCACCUGAUCCAAGGAUGAUGGAGCUUCUUAAAAUGUGCUUACACAGAUACGUUUACACAAUAUUGUUGUUUAAGGGGGGGAGGGGGGGGGGGGGGGGGGAUGAUGGUUGGCCAGAGUGCCCAGACCAUAACCUUGUACAGUUCAUUUCCUCAAACAUGUAUGAAAAUCUCUAAGAUCUAUCCAAAUUUUGUUGAAAA